UCGAUUAGUUAUUGUUCUACAGCGCGGUCAUGAGUAUAGUGUAGCGUGUUCAAUUUCGACAAUCGCUAUUAUUUCAUUUGCACAAUCAUAAUUUUAUAUUUUAUGGACAUUAUCAGCGAUAGAAGUCAAUUUUAACGAUAGAAAGUUUUAAAAACGUGUGCCACCUACUAUUUCGUUUGAUUGUAUUUGCAUGAAAGGGACUGCGAAAAAUGCGGCUGUCAUUACAACGGCUAUGUGUCGGGAUUUUGUUGUUUAUAUUGAUUUGCGGUGAAUUGGAUGCCGCAUCGAAAUUCCGACGAGUCAACAAACAAGAGAGAAAAUGUGGAUACGAUGGAUGCCCAAAACCAAAGUCUGACAUGUUAAAUGUUCACAUUGUGGCUCACACUCACGAUGAUGUCGGAUGGCUAAAAACAGUCGAUCAAUACUAUUACGGCAAUAAAAUAAGAUACCAAAAGGCCAGUGUACAGAGUAUUCUGGAUUCGGUGAUAGCGUCGUUGUUAAAAGACCCCGAAAGACGAUUUAUUUACGUUGAAUCGGCGUUUUUCUUCAAAUGGUGGGCUCAUCAAACUGAACAGAUGAAAGAACAAGUAAAACAAUUGGUAAACGAAGGACGACUGGAAUUUAUCGGUGGCGCAUGGAGCAUGAAUGAUGAAGCAACGACACAUUAUCAAAGCACUGUGGACCAAUUCACUUGGGGAUUACGGAAAUUGAAAGAUAUAUUCGGUGAAUGUGGCCGACCGAAAAUUGGCUGGCAAAUCGAUCCAUUUGGUCAUUCAAGGGAAUUGGCAUCUUUGUUGGCGCAAAUGGGAUAUGAUGGAUUGUUUCUGGGACGUAUUGAUUACCAAGAUAAAAUUAAUCGAUUUACGAAACGUACGGCGGAAAUGGUUUGGCAUUCAAGUGAUAGCUUAGGAUCAAAAGCUGACUUAUUCACGGGAGUCUUGUUCAAUACAUACAGCCCACCACCUGGUUUUUGCUUUGAUAUUUUGUGUUCGGAUGAUCCAAUCGUUGAUGAUAAAAAUAGCCCAGAAUAUAAUGUUGACCGAAAGGUUAAUGCACUUCUUGUUUACCUUCAAUUGGUUCAAUCGAAGUAUCGUUCGAAUAAUGUUUUGAUUACGAUGGGCGAUGACUUCAAUUACCAAUCGGCAGAUAUGUGGUACAACAAUUUAGACAAAUUGAUUUUGCAUAUCAACGAGCGUCAACUCAGUGGAUUGAAAGUGAAUGCCUUUUAUUCGACUCCAUCUUGUUAUUUGAAGGCGCUGUACGAUACCAAUAUAGCAUGGCCAACCAAAAGUGAUGAUUUCUUCCCAUAUGCAUCCGAUCCGCACUCGUUUUGGACAGGUUACUUCACCUCGAGGCCAACGUUGAAGCGAUAUGAACGUGUUGGAAAUCAUUAUUUACAAGUGUGUAAACAACUAAGCGUUUUGGCAGUAAAAAAGUCGAAAAAAUUCGAGGAAAAUCUGAAUAACAUGCGUGAGGUAAUGGGUGUAAUGCAGCAUCACGAUGCCGUAACCGGCACUGAAAAACAACAUGUUGCCAACGAUUACGCGCGUUUAUUGCACAUUGGAUUUGAUAAAUGUGGCGAAAAUAUUCAAGAAUCACUAAAUCAAUUAAGCAUUGAUGAUAAAAAUUCGGAAAUGUUGAAAGAUGAAAAAGGAUUCGAUCCGAAAUUCCGGUUUGAAUAUGAAAGUUGUGCUGAUUUAAACAUAAGUUCAUGUUAUAUUACCGAAAAUAAUGAUAAAUUCACGGUGACGCUUUACAAUCCAUUAACACACUCAACGCUUCAAUAUGUUCGUGUUCCGGUCACCGACGGCGACUAUGAAGUGUUAGAUUAUAGAAAUGUUUUAGUCAAUUCCCAAUUGGUCUCAAUUCCGAAUGAAGUUCAAUCAUUAUCGUUCCGACAAAGUAAAGCUAAUUCGGAGCUCAUUUUCUUGGCCAGUGAAUUGCCACCACUCGGUUACAAGUCGUAUUUCGUUCAGAAAAAAGCAAGCAAAAAAAUCGCCACUAACUCGAUUGAUCCGGUUGUGAUGUUAGUUUCACACAAAACUGAAUUCAUGAGUGAUGAUCCGCUAGUUGGUCGAGAAGAAAGCGUUCCACUCACAAUCGGAAAUGAGUAUUUGAAUUUAACAUUUGAUGAAAAUGGUUUACUGCAAUCAGCUGCAACUGAAGACGUUCAAAUGAAAGUUCGACAAAAUUUCUAUCUCUACGAAGGAUUCAUUGGCGAUAAUGAGGAAUUUAAAAACCGAUCAUCGGGAGCGUACAUAUUUAGGCCCAGCGACAGUCAAGCUUUGGAAAUUGUUCAGCGUGCUCAAAUUCAUGUUGUCAAGGGAGAUUUGGUCGAUGAAGUCCAUCAGACUUUCAAUGAAUGGAUAAGUCAAGUGAUUCGAAUUUAUAAAAACGAAAAUUAUGCUGAAUUCCAAUGGCUGGUCGGCCCAAUUCCUGUCGACGAUAAAAUUGGACGUGAAAUUAUCAUGAGAUUCGACACAGACAUCAAGUCAAAUGGAAUUUUCUAUAGCGAUUCAAAUGGAAGAGAAAUGUUGAAACGAGUACGCAAUCAUCGUGACACAUGGAAUUUAACGCUGUUGGAAACAACAUCUGGAAAUUAUUAUCCGGUAACAGCGAAAAUUGCCAUUGAAGACACGAGUCGUCGUUUCGCUAUUUUAACUGACCGUUCACAAGGUGGAAGCAGUUUAACUGAUGGAUCAAUUGAGUUAAUGGUUCAUCGGCGAUUAUUGCAUGAUGAUGCUUUUGGAGUGGGAGAAGCAUUAAAUGAAACGGCAUUUGGAAAAGGAUUAAUUGCACGAGGUACCAGUUAUUUUGUUUUUGGUCCGAAAAGACACACGGAGAAAACAUCUACUGAAGCUAAUGAACGUUUCAUUCAAUUGCAAACGCUGUUGCCGAGCUGGUUGCUCUUCAGUAAUGUGAGUCAAUUAAGCUACAAUGUAUGGAAGGAUUCAUAUAAAAAUAUUUACUCCGGAUUGUCACUUUCAUUGCCCAAAAACAUUCACCUGCUGACGUUUGAACCAUGGAAAGCUGAAUCGAUUUUAAUUCGUUUCGAACAUAUUCUAGCAAAAGAUGAAGACAAUCAAUACUCACAAGCUGUAACGUUCAAUUUUCAAGAUGUAUUUCGGUCAUUUGAUGUGGUUUCAAUUCGUGAGACGACAUUGUCGGCCAAUCAAUGGUUAAACGAAACCAAACGUCUUCAUUUCCAAGGAAAGACCGAAGAUUUCAAUGCCCUCAAUUCAACCGCGGAGACAUUCACAGUACAAGCUAAAUUGAAUAUUAACCCAGAUAUUUCGCCGAGACAAUAUUAUAAAAGAGCCAACAGAUUAACGCACCAUCGUGCCAUUGAAAAUAAUGAAAAUGAUUUGACAAUCACAUUAAAGCCAAUGGAAAUUCGAUCAUUUAUUGUUGAAUUAGAAUGGAGACCAUAAAUACCAACUUAAAAGUUAAUUAAAGAAUCAAUAAAAUGUAUAUGUUUAUGGUACACAUUCAGUACAGACCUCUACAAAUCAGAACUACAAUAAACUUCAAUAAAUAUAUUCAAUUUUUGGCGAUUUAAUA